UAAGAUACCACGUUAGCCUUGGUGUGCUGUAAACUUCAUUCGAGAAACAGUUGAUUUCCGUGUGGGCCACACCACUCUUCUGGAGGAUCUCUAAGCGUAUUCACGUUGCACGGCCUGUUUUUCCUUUCCUUCCGAUCCCGCACGCAUUGAGGCGUUCCUUUUUGUGCUCACAAGUAUUGGUGGUCCUGUUGAGAGGGCAAUUUGUUCUGAAAAAGUGUGAGUGGAAUAUUGCGAACAGCCAGUCAUUGUUAUCAGUCUGUUGUGAUUCAUUCAGUUGGUGUCCUCACCAUGGAGGGUUCGUGAUAAAGAAAAAGAAGAAAAACUAUCGAGGUGUCCGUUGCAUUUAUCUGCAUCCGUUUAGUUCACUACUUUUGCAAGCUGGCUUAACGAAGUGAAUAUGCAAAUGAAAACAAAAUUUCAAUAAUCAAUAAAGACAAGAAGCCUUCCAUUAAACUGAGAGGAUAAAGAUGAAGAAGCACUUGUGUCCUUAUGCUGGUGAGGAAGCUCUAUCUACGUUUCAGCUUUCAUACGUCAUUUCCGUUGAAAAGAGCACAAAGCCGAAGAAAUUAUCAAAAUAGUGAACUUCCGUUCAGAUUGUCAUAUCAGAGGGAAGCAGCUUUAGAUGUGUAUUCCGUCUGGCUGGGUUUUGUUUUGUGAUUUUCAGCACCAUUGGAAUUUAACUGAAAAAACAUUCAUUUCUUCUAGUAGCGUUGGGCGCCGAUGGGAAACUAUUGCCAGGAGAGCCAUCUUAAUCAUGUAUAUCAGAAACAGUGAUGAAGAGCCAUUAAUCAAGCCACCACAACAGCAAACUUUUGUCCGCAGAGAUCCCCUAAGAAUAUCUACGCGUCGUCCACCUCGUUUGCCUGUAACUGGACUGCAGCACAACUCCAAAAGUACAGUCAUAAGUAAAGGAAACGCCAGUCCUAAGGGAAACCUAGAAGAUCCCCUUAUAAGAACAAACGAAACAUUACGUGACCUUUAUCACCAGCAACUGACGCGUGAUCGUGUAAAUUGUCUACCACCAUUACCUCCUCAAAGAAACCAUGACGAACAUUUUCUUAGACCAAAUGGUGAUAAUCUGCGAAGAGCGAAAACCUCACAGAACAGAGGUGAACAUAAUCAAAGAGCUCCUUCACCUCAGCAAAAUAAUCACAGCAAUGUUCCACAUCAGGAUUCUUGGAAGUACUGUUGGUCAUCUAAUAUUGGGAGACACAGAUCGAAUCCUUCGCCACCCGCUUCUGUUGUUUUAGACAGUGAAUUUAUGGGACAACCUCUCAAAGAUAAUGGUGGGCCAAGCGAGCAAGGUAACCUAGACUUUCAAAGGCUCUGUGACAGUCCACAACCAAAAGAUCCUUGGAAUCAAAGGAUUUUCUCUACCAUACUUAGGCCUUCUUCACCUUCAAUCUUGCAUAAGAAACCUCUGCAGUCUACCAGUGAUACAGCAAAGCAUGACAAACCUGCUGUUCAUGUUGGAAAUGAAAGUAAGAAAGGAUUUCAUUCACUUUUCAAACGUUCUCCUUCACAAUCUAUCUUUUAUUGCAAUGCAUCAUUAACAGAUGACAAAAAAACCAUUCAUGGUUCUUUUAAUGGACAGCAGACUAGUGAAGGUGUUUCAGAUAUUAAUGAAUGCUCAGCCACUCGUUCUCUUUCACCAAAUGCCUCACCAUUAAUUCGUCGGAAAACACAGAUUCCUACAGACACCUUGCAAGAUGCUGGCUUUAAAAGAUAUGGUAGUUUUCCUUUGCAAAAGAAGGCUAGUCAUUUAUACCCUUACACAAGAAGUAUAUCCCAUGAGAAAGAACCCGAUACAGACCAAAGAAAACGCUUGUCAUUCGUAUCCUUCCGGAGACCAUCUACACUUGUAGCAAAAGACACUGUUUUGGACUCAACAGUAUCAAAUGAGAUUUGUUCUGGAAACGGAAACAACACAGUUCAGAACAAAGGAACAAACUGCUUCGCUCUUCUUCCUUCCUCGAGACCCAUUCACUUGGUAAAAGAUAAGGGCCACGAUCCUGAAACUGUAAGUCUCCCAAUUCAACGAGACCCUAAGCAUGACAGAAAGAAUCUAAGAAGAACUACAGAAGUUAUAAACAUUGCAACUCCAGCACCAUUCGCAGCUGAUAAUGAAGAGAAGUUCAGCAUUCGGUCGAGAAUACCACGUGCACAGCGUACUCACAGCUUGCCUGACACAAGACAAAAUGUCAAUUCUAACCCACCUUUCAGUGACUCUGAAUACCUUCAGGAACUGCAGAGCUCUAAGGAUGCACGAUCUCAUUCUCUGAAUAACCAGUUUCACAAGACAAGCACGUUAGUAGGAGACUUGAAGGAAACACAUGAAAGUUCCAGAACAGACGAUGAUCAAGCCUUACCUUUACUUCAAGUGUCGUCUGUUAAAGAGCAGUCAUAUCCCAGAGCACAGUCCACCUUCGUACCCAUCAUCCCUGACCACCCUGAAGGAUUCCAAGGAAGAGAUUACUUGAAUUACCCCCCUGACGAUUAUGAGGCAACGCACAGGGACCUGUCAAGAUGUAGCUCUUCCUGCUCAUCUGUAAGCAGUGGCCCUGACAUAUACGAGUGUUUUGAUAACAGCAUAUGUGGGCUGGAUGAGCAACCUGUGGAAAGUAAAACCAAUGAAGAUCAUGUAUUGUACCUAUUCUCUAAUGAAGAAGAGUAUAUCAUAGCUUUAGGAAACAUGAUGAGCAUAUAUGAAACGAUGUGUAAUGAGACUCCCCCUCACAUUAGGCAGCAUUUUGAUCUUCUGUUUAAAAAGAUAGGCCUACUUUACCAAUUCCACAUUGUGUUUUAUUCCAGUAUAAAAGAUGCUGGGAAAGAUCUGUUAGCCAUAGCAGAAGCGUUUGAAGAUGAACAGUUUCAGUGCUAUAAACAAUAUAUGGUAAUGACCCCCACAGUACAAAAAGAAUUCCACAAAUAUUCUACUUACCUAAAUGAACAUUUCCCUAGCCUAAAGACAGAUUUCCUAAAACCGUCUGUCCGUAUCAACUUCUAUGCAAUGUUGCUAGAAGGCUUAAAGAAGACUGCAAGUGAAUAUGAAAAAACUAAGCUACAGUCUUCUAUUGACUAUCUUUUCAACUUGAAGAGACAAGCAAACACUGAGAUGACAAUUAAAUCUGUUGUCUGUAGCCCUAUGGAUCUAAGGCUAUGCGGGGAUUUACUGAUGAUUGGAGACAUUUUCUGCUAUGGAGGGGGUCCUCUUCAGAAGAGAAAAUACCACAUGAUACUCUUUGAGAAUUUACUGAUGAUUGCUUCUUCAAAGCUUUCUUUUUUUAAAUAUAAAAUUCAUUACAGAGUAGAACAACUAGAGGAAGUGAAACCAGUGGAGGACAAUAACAGUGAAUUCAUCCUGAAAGUUCUGACAGAAGGGCAGGUUACUUUUGUGAACUUCAAAUUUAAAGUACGGUUAGUUCCCCAGAGAGACCAGUGGGUUAAACAUUUUCAGAAAAUCAUAUCCCAAACAAGAAUUCAAUACCCAGGUGAAAGGAUAAAGAAUAAUAUGUCUUCAAGUAAUAAGUCUCAGAUGCUACCUCUAAGCCUUUACAAAGCCUACCCUCAGCUCCUGCAUUUGAUGACAACUGAUGGCGACCCUGUCACUCAAAUCAGGCAAUUCUCUCCUGAAUAUAUUUGCAACCACUUGAUAACGCAGGAGAAAAACUACAUCCGACAGAUCGAAUCACUCCUAAAUCCCGACAGUAUAGGGCCUCCAGAAAGUCUGUGCAUGCUCUUGGGAAAACUGUACAAUCUACAUCAUAAGGAGAUCCUGCCAGAACUGGAGAGUGCGCAACGAAAAGGUUUCAGAGAAAUAUUGGCUUACCUGCAUGAACACAUGAAUUUGUUCCAGAUAUAUUCCGAUUACUUUGUUGUUCGAUGCCAGCUACAUCAUGAACUGGAAAGUUCUACUGAGGCUAACCUUUACAUAACGCCAGUGAAGCACUUUGCAUGUUUUAUGACCUGGUUGAGGGUGGCAAGUCAGGAUGCUGUUUACAAGCACUACACUUCAGAAAUAUUACAAAGAUUGAAGGACAUUGUCCUAGAUGCCCAGGUGAGACUCCUGUCAGAGUCUAUUAUCAACGGGAGAAUAGACUUCUACAGAAGUGGAAACCUUUUAAGGAGUGAUCCCAUGGAGGUUAAAACUCGAAGGAGAGUGGUCCAUGAAGGCAUAUACCAAGUGCUUUUGUUCGAGAAAAUUAUCAUUUUGACGAAAAAGAAGCCCCCAUAUUAUGAAUAUGUCUGGGACAUUUGGCUGAAUCAAGUUAAUUUAGGUCCUCCUUCGAGUUCAGAAAAUGGGUUCAAGUUGGAAGUUCGACAAGGAAGAGGAAGGGAGGCACUGACCUUCGAAUUCAGAGCGUCAACCAUUACCAUCCAGCAAAUCUGGCUUCAGAGCCUCCAGCAAGAACUCAUGAACCAAGCAGAAAACAUAAGAAAGCGAACCUCUGUUUACAACUUCUAAAAAUAUUCUUGAUAAAUACUUAAAGAAAGCUAUUCAGGUCAUUAGAGGAUAAGUUUUCCACUUUGCUGAUAUUGCUUGAAGGUACAUAGGCAUGCAUCUUUUUCCUUCCUAAUCUGCAAGUUCACGAGAUUUCCAAGAUCCCUAAAUAGAGUUGUGAAACUUAAAAGUUGACCUUCAUUCACAGAACACAAACAACCUUAUUUUUUCUCUUAAUACAAAUUGCAUAAUUUUCUCCAUCACAAGGAGAGUAUUGGUGAAGAGUAAUUCAUUUUCAUGUUUUGGUAUAUGGACAAAUAUUUGUGUAAUCAGAGGUGUAUGAUUAUCGCUACUUUACUGUUAUUCACAGUUCACUGGUCUAUGCCUUUUAUGAGGAUUUUUCAUGAUUAUCUUUCUGAUAAAUUUUUCCGAUGUUGAUAAUUAGUGUAAUGAUUCCUGGUUCUCUCCUGUUCUUUAUGCUCAAAACAGAUUUUACAGGUAGCAGCUCUGCCAGCAGUCUUCCAUCUUUCAUCUCAUAUCUCAAAAACAGACCAAGUCUCAAUGGUCAUAUUCUCCAUGCAUGGUACUACAUCUACCAUGUGCAGCUUAUGUGACCAAUGGUACUGUUUAAUUUUUCCUUCUUGUUUAACUUUCCCAAGUUAAAUUGUAUAGUUGUUACUGCUCACUGAAAAAAUAACAGUGGCGGAUAAAUAUUUCGAUUCACGUAAUGGAAUAUGUUUGUAAGUAAAAUAACGCAAUCCUUUCAGUAUGUGAUAUAGGGAGGAUUGCUGAGUGGAAGAGUUUUGUGAGAGUACUUUUGGCCUGGGCACAAUCCUAGGCACUAGUACAUGUGUAACAUGAACGAGUACACACACAUACAUAUGUACAUACAUAUAUAAUGCUAAAAAGAUAAAUGGCUGGAGGUGUACUGAUCAUUAACUAGAUGAAGUAGGAACAAAUUAGAGAAGAAAAAGGUGAUACCUACUUAUAGCAGCUGUAAGUAUGAUUAAGAAGUUAGUUUAAUAAGUAUGAAAAUAACUUAAAUAAGAGAAAACGCAUGAAACAUGGGUAUUUGGAGAAAAAUGGAUUAAAAUCAGUGAUGUAAUGAUGAAAAAGGAAGUUUAGUGAGGGAAAAAUGGAAAUGAUAAUUAUGAGGUGCACUUACCCAGCAGAAGGGAAUAAGGAGUUUGGAUGAAAUAGUCAAGGGAAGUAAAAGGGAAAUAGUCUUGCCGAAAUGCACACACACACUGUUACGUGUGUGUGUGUGUGCGCGCGCGUGUCCGUGUGUGUAUAUAGUAUACAUACACAAGAAGGUACUAAAGCAGAAAGCUUGGUACAUAGUUUUCCUUUAUUCAGCACGGCCAUGAUAUAGAAUCACGGUCUACGUUUUGAGAUCCUUGUCUCAUCCUCAAGACUAAAAAUACAAUGUAAAAUAUACGGAUGCAGCAAGAAAUGUAGUAAGAAUGUACAAAUAAAUAAUAAUAAAGGAAAACAUGAAUACAUAAGUUGAACCUAACAUAAAAUUGUUAAAAAAGAGAAAGAAGUGUAUAUAUAC